CCCAAUUUAAUGCAACAAACCAUCCUAUUUAUUUCUAUACAACCUCCUCAUCCUCUUCCACAACACAUAUUCAAAUUCCACUUUGAACCUCAAACCCCUUGUUAAUUGUAUAUCAACUUCACACUAGUACAUAUAUACAUAUAAUUCAAUUUUAUUCAGUUUGAGCUAUGGAUCACAAUAGUACAGUAGAUAUGGAUACCGAGCGGCUAACGGCGGAGCUUGACAUCAAAGAUUCCUCCUCCGUGGUGAUCAAAAUCCGUCGAAAGCUUCCGGAUUUCUUACAAUCAGUUAAACUCAAAUACGUUAAACUCGGUUACAACUAUUCUUGCAACACUGCAACUCUUGUUACACUUGUCAUUCUUUUCCCAUUAUUCAUAGCCACCCUCAUUCAACUCACCAAACUUCACCUUCACAACAUAUCUCUAAUAUUCACCACCUUAGACACCGCAACCGGUCUAACCGGUUUGGUUCUUUUACUCUUCUUAUCUGGAGUAUACUACGCUAAACGUCCCACCCCGGUUUAUCUCAUAGACUUUGCUUGUUACAAACCGGAAGAUGACUUCAAAAUGGCCAAUGAAGCGUUCACGAAAAUGUCCGAAGACUCCGGUUUUUUCAACCAAGAUACGUUAAACUUUCAGAAAAGAAUCGCGGCUAGGUCCGGUUUAGGUGAUGAGACGUAUUUCCCAAAAGGCAUAACGGCUCGACCGCCACAACUCACCAUGAAAGAAGCCCGGUCCGAGGCCGAGCUUGUCAUGUUUGGUGCCCUAGACUCGCUCUUCAAAAAAACCGGAGUCAGACCGGAAGAAAUCAGCAUUCUCAUCGUGAACUGCAGCUUGUUUAAUCCAACCCCAUCACUUUCUUCAAUGAUCGUUAACCAUUACAAGCUCAGACCGGAUAUUAUGAGCUUUAACCUCGGCGGUAUGGGCUGCAGUGCCGGUAUUAUUUCAAUAGAUUUAGCACAACAACUUCUUAAAGCAAACCCUAAUUCAUACGCUGUCGUUUUGAGCAUGGAAAACAUCACACUAAACUGGUAUUCCGGUAACGAACGAUCCAUGCUUCUUUGCAAUUGCAUUUUCCGUAUGGGUGGUGCCGCCAUGUUGUUAUCAAACAAAACAAGAGACCGUAAAAGAUCGAAGUAUGAGUUGGCGCACACUGUUCGGACACAUAAAGGAGCUGAUGACAAAUGCUACAACUGUGUGUACCAACGAGAAGACGAUAAAGGGAUUGUCGGUGUUUCGCUAGCGCGCGAACUCAUGGCCGUUGCUGGAGAUGCUCUCAAGACUAAUAUAACCACUUUAGGCCCAUUGGUGUUACCGUUUUCCGAACAGUUGAUGUUCUUUUUAUCGCUUGUUAAGCGAAAAGUGUUUAAGAUGAAAGUGAAGCCGUAUAUUCCGGAUUUUAAACUUGCGUUUGAGCAUUUUUGCAUCCAUGCCGGUGGGCGGGCGGUGUUGGAUGAGAUUCAGAAGAAUUUGAAUUUGACGGAGAGGCAUAUGGAGCCGUCGAGAAUGACGUUGCACCGGUUCGGGAACACGUCUAGUAGUUCUUUGUGGUACGAGUUGUCGUAUGCCGAAGCUAAGGGGCGGGUUUUGAAAGGGGACCGUAUAUGGCAGAUUGCUUUUGGGUCGGGUUUUAAGUGUAACAGUGCGGUGUGGAGGGCGUUGAAGUCGGUUCCAGCUGGGUGUGAUGGUAACCCGUGGGCGGACUCUAUUCAUAAGUAUCCGGUUAAGAUUCCUGUUUAAUUCUUAGAUUAAUGAUGGGUGCGUCUAAACGUAUCGCAAAGAAUCGGUGAACUCUCCUAAGGUUGUUACCCGAAAUGUUUUAUAUGUUUAAAAGCACCCUUCAUAAUUUGUGAAAACUUAUAUACAUCUUAUGAUGGAUAUAUAUUAGCAUAAUUACUACUACAGCAAAAACCAUCAUGUUGUUUGAAGCAGAAGAUGUUUGGGUCAAGAAAUUUAUUCUAAUUGAUUGUUUGAUGUUAUAUUUGUACUUAAUUUAUGGUGUUUAAAUUUGAUAUUGGUUUAUGGGAA